GUCUCUCACUUUUCGAAUCAUCAGGUUUUUAUAGACUACUUUUCAUCCCCUCACAAUUGAACGCAUACAGAAUGGCCAGAUCCUCCGGUAGAAGUGCUCCAGCUAGAAGAGCCGCCCCAGUGCAAACCAGAUCCGCUCACUCGGCCGCUGCUCCAGCCCCAGCUCGAGUCCAUGCUCCAGCCCCUGCUACUGCCACUGCCCCUGCCCAGCCAGGUAUGUUCGCCCAGAUGGCUGCUACCGCUGGUGCCGUUGCCGUCGGCUCCGCCGUUGGCCACACCUUGGGUGCUGGUAUCACCUCCAUGUUCUCUGGCUCUUCCUCUGAGUCGGUCCAGCAGGCUGCGGCCCCAGCCCAGCAAUUUUCUCAGGAACAGACUAAGCAGUGUGACGCCGAUGCCAGAUCUUUCACCAGAUGCUUGGAGGACAAUCAGGGAAACAUGCAAGCCUGUGACUACUACUUGCAGCAAUUGAAGGCCUGUCAGCAAGCUGCUUCCCAGUACUAAAUAUUAGGUUUGCUUGAAGACGGGACCCUGCUCUAGACAAGAUACAAGACUAGUGGUGGAUCAGGUGUCCAUCGUUGGUCUCGUUCCGAAGCUGGUGUUUACUGCUAUUUAGGCAGUUUCCGAGCGGUUUUCUUUUGGUUGUAAUAUUUAUUGCUUAUAUAGAAUGCCCAUAUUGUAUAUAUCUUUUGGGAGAAUGAAUAAUUAUGCCACACAACUGGUUG